UCUGGCGGUAGGGUCGUUAUAAUGGCUGGAUUAUUAUAUAUUUUGUCUUGGGUCUCUACACUCGUCCAUAUAUGUUUAGGAACUCUUGCUUUAGUUUUAUUUUUCGGCAAUCACAUCUUGGCAUUCUCGUUCUUUUCUACAUAUUACUACCCAGUGUCUGAGGUACUGGCAUAUUUCACCUUAUAUAUCUGGCUUGUCCCUUUUGGAUUCUUCAUCUCCCUCUCCGCAAAUGAGAAUGUUCUGCCAACACGAGCAGAAUCAAGACCAUUACUUUCAAAUGAUGAUGAUUUUGUCACAGGAUACUUCAACAAAAAAGGCAAGAGAUACGGAUUACUCUCAUUCUUUAACUAUCUCAAAGAAGAAUUCUUUCCACAACGUGGGAAAAAGUCAUUCUAACAGGGAGAGAAAUCCCUACAAAAAUAAUUAUCUACAUUAUAUAGUUCACAUUAUAUAUAUAAAUUGAAAUUGUGUAUAUUUAUAAGGAAUGGAAGCUGUUCUUUCUAAGAAACAAAUUUCAUGAUUAUUUAAGUAAUUGAAAGAAUGUGUUUAUAAACUUGAGUAAAGUGUUUUUAUACUUCAAUAUGCAUAUUGUUAAACAGUUCAAACAAAUAAUGAAAGUUACACACUAAACCUGAAUACAGUUGACAAAGACUUCUUUCUCUUGGUUAAUGUUGUGUUAAUCUCAGUUUUGAUAUAUAAACUGAUAAGUUAUAUUUGCAAACAAUAGUUCAUUGUUAAAACAGGUACAGUAUUAGUAAGUUUUAAAUUUAAGCAGAACAGCUCCUUGUUAAAGAAAUUAAGGUAUUUUUAAAUUGGUUUGAUGCUCUCAGGUUUAGUGCUUAAUUUUAUAUUUUUUUUAUAAUUUGGUUUAUAACUUUGAUGCUCAUUUGCUUGUUUACUUUAUAUUUUGUGAUUACCAGUUAAAUAUAGACAAAUA